AGAGGAUGGCCUCCGAUUUGGAACAGUUAUGCUGUUAUGUUAAUGAAAAGAUUAGCACUAUCAGAAAAACUCUGUCGCUGAGAAGCCUGGGCCAAGAACCUACCUUGAAGACUACAUUAAAUAAAAUAGGAGACGAGAUUUUUGCAGUAAACGAACUACUAAACAGAUUGGAACUGGAAAUUCAGUAUCAGGAACAAACCAACAGUUCACUUAAGGAACUCUGUGAAUCUCUGGAAGAAGACUAUAAAGAUGUGGAACAUCUGAAAGAAAACAUCCCUUCCCAUUUGCCUCAAGCAGUUGUAAGCCAGAGCUUGGCUAACCGGUCAGAUCUGGACCCUGAAGAGCCAGUCAAAGUGGAGGAGCCUGCACCCCCAAAGAAACCCCCCAAAGAACAAAGGAUUAUUAAAGAAAUGCCAUUUGUCACUACAGAUGAGUUUAAUGGUGUUCCAGCGUAUAUGAAAUCACGCUUAACUUAUUGUCAAAUUAAUGAUGUUAUUAAAGAAAUUAACAAGGCAGUAAUUAGUAAAUAUAAGAUCCUCCAUCAGCCAAAAGCAUCUAUGAAUUCUGUGGUCAGAAAUCUCUACCACAGAUUUAUCAGUGAAGAAACAAAAGAUACCAAAGGUCAUUAUUUUAUAGUGGAAGCUGACAUAAAGGAGUUCACAGCUUUGAAAGUUGACAAGAGGUUUCAUGUGAUACUGAACAUUUUGCGACACUGCCGGAGACUGUCCGAGGUCCGAGGGGGUGGACUCACCCGAUACAUUAUAACCUAAGGCCCUACUGAGCUUUUGAACUGACCAACGGUAGGGUGUGGAGGCUAUUCUGUCGCUGUAUUGUAUACAUUUUUUCUUUUAUCUCCUUUUCUUGCUUUGUAAAGAAAUACAACUUAUUUUUGGAUAAAACAUAUAUAUUUUUUUCAGAAUUCUGCUUCCUUUCAGCAAAUACUUAACCACAUGCUGUAUAAGCCUCACUACUAGGCACACACUCUGACUGUGUAAUGUUCUUAUCCUGUCCUUGCGUGGAGUGGCAAGUCCUGAGACUCCAAUGCAAGGGAUGUAGAUGUGUUCAUUGGAAGAAAAAGAUGAAAAUGAUGAGGCCACGGGAUACCCAGGUCCUUUCCAACGAUAGGUCGUUGGUUCCUAAGUUGCAUCAACAGCAUCUCUGUUUGCCUCUGGGUAAACUUCAGAGGCUGCUUAUCCACCUGGUUAUUGUGCUUUCUGAAUGUCUUGAGGGACUUUGCUAAAAUGCAUUCCAUAUAAACCAGUCUGUCAGCCUCCAACUGUAAUCAAAGUGUAAUAAACGCACCUUGAGAUAUUACAGAA